AUGGGUCUCGGCAUUCUUGAACCACACAACCAGUCCAAAGCGGUCCCGGCCGCCGUCCAGCUCGAAGGCGAAGACGAGGCCACUCUCCGCGCGGCGGCCAGGCUCAAACAUGGCUCCGGUCGCCACGUCGAUGUUGUCCUGGUGCCGCAGCCAUCUGACUCUCCAAAUGAUCCACUGACGGUACUCCCUGUCGUCGCCUCACAGAUUGUGGCCCACCAGAGCUACGUCUGGGCCUACCGCUACGCCGUCAUCACCACCUCCGUCUAUGCCGUCGUCCUGUUCUUUUUCGUCCCCGAAACCGCCUACAACCGGCCCAGGACGCUCGAUAUUGACAUACGUGAUGGCAGCGUGUCAAGUAACGAUGACCUGCAGGGCUCCGAUGCGACAGACGAGACGAAGGAAGAAGCAGCGCCUGCAGCGUCAGCCUCGGCCGUAUUUGCCGACAAGCAGCCCGCCAGCGACGACGGCGAGAGCGGCAACAGCGGCCGCACCACCACCGCAGUCGCUCCGCUCUACCGGGGCCGCUUCAGCCACGAGAGCUACGUCCGCUCGCUCCUGUCCCCCUUUGCGACGCUUCUAUGUCCUCGUCUUCACUUUCGCGAUACGAGCCGUAGACAACACAUCAGAGCUCACCAGCUCGUCCUUACCUACCUGAACCUUUCGCCAGCCGGCCGCCAAACCGUGCCUUACAACAGAGCAUCUAAGAACCGGUAG